AUGCUGCUGCCCAUCUCCUGCCUGUCUCCCUCUGUCGCCUCUUACGACACCCACGAUAAUACGAAGUUCAAUCAUGUGAUCUCCAAUUUAGACUAUAGAUAUGUAACGGAGGUGAAAGACGUAAUUACUAACCCGCCGUCUGAAAACAAAUAUGAAAAAAUUAAGACCGAGCUUAUAACCAGAUUAUCAGCAUCCCAAGAACAACGGGUUAGACAACUAUUGGCGCACGAAGAACUGGGAGACCGGAAACCGUCCCAGUUCUUACGGCAUCUAAGAAAUUUAGCGGGUAACGACGUUCCAGACGAAUUCCUAAGAUCACUUUGGACAAACCGAUUGCCUAACCACAUCCAGGCUAUUAUUGCAACGCAGACAGGUACCAGUUUAGACGCCGUGGCACAAUUGGCGCACAAGUUCAACGAGGUCAUGUUCCCGCUGCAGGUGCAACACGUGGCUUCAACAUCGACGAUCGCAGCGCCAUUUGAGUUUGACGAUUUGAGACGUCGCUUAGAUGACCUAUCUCGUCAAGUAGCUUCACUGACUAUACAUCGUGCGCGUUUAAGAUCACGAAGGCGUACUUCUAGUUACCGUAAACGUUCACGUAGCCGUCCUGCCUCCACCCACGACCAGUGCUGGUAUCCCUGGAAGUUCGGAAGCUCCGCUAACAAGUGUAGAUCGCCGUGCAUUUCACGCUUCUAUGAUCUGCUAACACAGUACCCGGAGAUCACGCGCCCAGCAGGCUGUCACGCUGCGCGUGAGGUGAAACACAACACCGUGCACUACAUCCGCACCACGUCUGGACCACCUGUCACCUGCCGUCCACGCCGACUAGCACCUGACCGUCUGCGCAUCGCAAAAGAAGAGUUUGAAGAGAUGGUAAGAUUAGGUAUUGCUAGACCCUCCGACAGCUCGUGGUCGUCACCUCUGCAUCUCAUCCCAAAGAAGGACAACACGUGGCGUCCAUGCGGUGACUAUCGGGCGUUAAAUGCACGCACGAUACCCGACCGCUAUCCAAUUCGACACAUCGGAGAUUUCUCACACAAUCUCUUUGGCUGCACCAUCUUCAGCAAAAUAGAUCUGGUACGUGCUUAUAACCAAAUACCAGUAGCACCUGAGGAUGUACCUAAAACUGCCAUUGCAACUCCGUUUGGUCUGUUCGAGUUUCCUUAUAUGGGCUUUGGGAUGUGCAAUUCGGCACAAACAUUCCAACGUUUUAUGGACGAAAUUCUAAGAGGUUGUGAUUUUGCAUUUCCUUAUCUUGAUGACAUUUUAGUAGCAUCUAAAAACAUAGAAGAUCACGAGCGACACUUACGAUCUGUCUUCGAGCGCCUCAAGGAAUAUGGAACGAAGCCAACACCAGAUAAGGUCAGUGCCAUUUUGAAUUAUCCACUUCCGAAGAACAUAAAAGAACUCCGCAGAUAUCUUGGCGUGUUGAACUUCUACCGCCGAUUUGUACCUAACGCAGCUAGAGUACAGGCACCUUUAAAUUGCCUCCUCUCAGGGAUGUCUCUGAAGGCCACCACACCAAUCAAUUGGACAACCGAACUAGAAAAAUCAUUUGAGGAAAGUAAAGAAAGCAUAGUUAAAGCGACUCUGUUAGCACACCCUGACCCACGAGCACGCUUAGCCAUAGUCACAGAUGCCUCCGACAGUGCUAUAGGCGCAGUGCUGCAGCAGAAAUCUGGUGCAGAAUGGAUUCCUCUAGGAUUUUUCUCAAAGAAACUGAACAACGCUCAACGUAAAUACAGCCCCUACGAUAGAGAGUUGCUAGCAAUAUACGAGAGUAUAAAAUAUUUUAGGUAUAUGGUCGAACUUAAGCCAUUCACUGUGUUUACCGAUCAUAAACCCAUCAUCUCCGCCUUUAAGAAAAAUUCGAACAACUGCUCACCUAGGCAAUUUCGAUACCUAGAUUAUAUCGCCCAAUUUACAACAGACAUUCGCUACAUUUCAGGAGAGAACAACGUCGUUGCAGAUGCCUUAUCUCGAGUAGACAUCAUAAGCAGUGCAGUCAACUUAGAGGAUGUAUGUGCAGCACAGGAGACAGACGACGAACUUCCGCAUCUUCGCCAUCAUACAUCCUUGAAGCUUAGGCAGUUAGACCUAUCUGGCACCGGAACGAAACUCUACUAUGAUGUAUCAGGUACGCCCCACGGUUAUACUUACCUAAAACGUUACGACGACAAGCCUUCGAUACGAUUCACGGCCUGA